AUGUCAUUUUUCAUGAGACUGUUCUCCAGGAGGCAACGCCAGAGCCGUGAGGCACACGGCAACGCCGGCAGCAGGGUACACACCCACGAGGAGGGCGAGUUUGUGCAUGUGAGUCUGUCGGCGCCGGCCAAGUCGAAGAGACCGGAAGCCGAGGAGGAAGAUGCGGACGUAUCGAGCUGGGAGAUGGCGCAGGUGCUGGGACGCCGGCCGGCGGCCGUGGUGGGCCGUAGACCCGCCACGAUGUCGUCGCUGGACGCUCAUAAAAAGCAGGCAAAGCGCAGAGAUCUGACUGGCAGGAAGUCCGCGAACGUUUCUCGCCCGGGUGAGAGAGCAGUCGAGGAGCUGCACUGCAUGGAGGACUCGGCAGAGCUCGACAUGUUCGACGAUAAGAGGAACCGCAUCAUCAAGAGAUCGCAUCGCAGAAAGAUGAACUUCCCGGACAAGUACAAGUUCUAG